AUGGGCGCAAUUAAAAGAGUCGCAGUCAUUGGCGCGGGGCCAGCCGGGGCCAUCACCAUCGACGCCCUGGCCCGCGAGAAAACAUUCGACGUCAUCCGUGUGUUCGAACGCCGAGAAGCCGCGGGCGGUUGCUGGGUCGGCGACCAGACCCCUCCGCCGCACCUUACCGACCUCCCCGCCCUCGCAUCCCGCACCGCCGACCGCCCCAUCCCGAUCCCGGAGACCCUCCCGGCCCGAACCCCGAAACUCCCGAAACCCUCGCCGCCGCGCUUCACCGAGUCCGGCAUCUACCCCUAUCUCGAGACCAAUGUCGACGCCAUCCCCAUGUCCUUCUCCGAGGAGUCCCUCCCCGAGCAGCGCACCGAGAACUCCAUCGCCCUGCACGGGCCCGAGACGCCCUUUCGCCAUUGGACCGUCGUCCGGGAUUUUGUACAGGGGCUUGUGAACCGCAACGGGUACCAGGAUUUCGUAUCGUACAGAACAACGGUGGAGCUAGCUGAGAAGGUUGGGGACGAGUGGAAGGUGACGUUGAGGAGGGAGGGCGAGGACGGGGAUGAGUGGUGGAUUGAGUGGUUUGAUGCUGUUGUUGUCGCGACGGGCCAUUACUGGGUGCCUUACAUCCCCUACAUUGAGGGUCUUGAGGAGUUUGAAAAGGCUCGACCGGGGAGCGUGAUUCACAGCAAGCACUUCCGCGGACGAGACCAGUUCCGCGACAAGCGCGUCGUCAUAGUAGGUGCCUCCGUGUCGGGAGCCGAUAUCUCGGUCGACCUCGUCAAAACCGCAAAGCUUCCCGUCUACUCCGUCGUCAACGGCCGCAAAGCAAACCUCUACUUUGGCGACGGCGCAUUCAACCACCCUCAAAUCUCGCGCCGCGCCACAAUCUCCCGCAUCGACGGUCGGACGGUGCACUUUUUAGAUGGGACCUCUGUCGCGGACGUCGACAACAUCGUGCUCGCUACAGGCUUCACCUGGACGCUGCCGUUCCUGCCUUCGGUCGAGGUCCGCAACAACCGCGUCCCCGGGCUGUACCAGCACGUUAUUUACCACCGCGACCCAACACUGCUCUUCAUUGGCGCCGUGGCGGCGGGCCUGACAUUCAAGAUCUUCGAGUGGCAGGCCGUCCUCGCGGCGCGCGUGCUGGCUGGGAGAGCGAGGCUGCCGCCGGCCGAGGAGCAAGCCAAGUGGGAGGCGGACCGAAUUGCGGAGAAGGGCGACGAUAUCAAAUUCUCGCUUGUGCACCCGCACUUUGAGGAGUACUUUGAGACUGUGCGCGCGCUGGCCGGCGAGCCGGAGAACGGUGUCGGCAGGGCAUUGCCGCCGUAUGACCCGUCGUGGUUCCAGGUCUUCCUCGACGGUCUAGAGUUAAGGAAGAAGAUGUGGGUGAGGUUGAAUGCCCAAGCACAAGAGGAGCUUGAGCAGGCGAAGCCAUCCGCGAAUGGCUUGGAUAAAAAGGAGGCUACAGAUACUUACGCAUCAUCAGCAAACGGACUAGAACCCGAGAAAGCCCCAAUCGUGACGACGCUAGCAGCACCUCAAGAGGUUCAGUAG